GAGGGAGGAGGAAGAGAUGGAGGAAGAGACGCUGGGGGAGGAAAGAGAGGAGAAAAUACGAAUAAUGAAUCAAACAACUUCUCAGAUACCGUAACUGCCAUUCAGAUGAAAUUGAUUCAACUUCUGAGUAAUGAAAAAAAACAAAAUCAACAAAGAAACUGGAAGCCAAAUCCAACAACUAUUUUCGCAAAUGCUGAACAUUAAUAUUAAACAGGAAAUAGAGAUCGCAUCCCUUCGUGCUACAGUAACAGAAAAGUCCAAAUCUCCAACAUAUGCUCAGGUAUUGGCCGCCAAAUCAUCGGGGCCACCACCGUCAGGGGGAGAGACAGACGCGGCUGCCCCUCCUGGGCCGGCGGUUGUAGGGAGCGCAGGUCCUGCUGGACAGGCACCGCGGAUGGGCCAUGCUCUUCUCAUCUACUUGCGAGACCCUACCAAUUCACCAUCUAAGGAUAUCAAAGUCAUGUUAAAAAAACACUUUGAACCCCAAACUCUCGGACUGGGUGAGGUGACCCUUAGAGAUAUUAGGAACGGAAUUGCGGUGCAGUCGGCAUCAUUGGAAGGCAUACAAAAUCUGGCUGAUGCCAUUAAUGAACACCCCAGCACUAAAAAUGCUUUUGUUCUCCGAAGACCCGCAAAGAGGAGGCCCCAGUUCAGGGUGUCUGGGGUUGACCCAGACCUCCUGUCAGCAGAAUUUUUAGUGACUCUUCGGGCCCAGAACCCAGAUAUUCAAAUUGAGGCUGACGAAUUCACCAUGCGAACCUUUUUUAAAGAAAAAUCUGGUAAUCAGACUUUUAUUUUCGAUCUUACCCCUUCGGGGUACAACAAAAUCAAACAUGUAAAACGCUUAACAUUAGGUUGGACCUCGUGCCCAUUAUAUGAAAAUUUUUUUGUUCCAAAAUGCUAUCGCUGCUCUACAUACGGACACACUAAAAAAUUUUGCCCAUCUGAAUCUGAGUUCUGCGUGAACUGCGCAGGUAGUCACGCGACGGAGCAAUGUCGCGUCAUUCGACAAGAUGACAAACGAUGUCGUGCUUGCGUGACGCGUCGAGUGGAUGCCCGGCACCACUUCGGAGCGGUGACUUGUGGAACUUUAGCGUUUCACGAGUCGCGUCUGAGGGGGCGCACUGAGUACCCCACUUAGAACAAUACUGUACAUAAUGUAUAGUUUGUAUAU